GGGCGCGUGCCGGGGCGCCGCGCGCGCGCGCCGCCGGGCCGGGAGGCAGGCCCGGGCGGCCGCAGGCGACGGGGCCGACGAGGCCUUCCGGUGCCAGCCCGCGGGCCGCGAGGUGGAGGAGACGGCGCAGGACCGGGUGUUCCAUUGGCUCGGCAAGUCGCCCGAGUGCGGUUCCCCGUGCUUCGCCGCCAUGCAGAGGCAUUUCCCCAACGCGCUGCCGUCGAAAGUCGUGCACAACCGCUCGAGGGCCGUGCUCGAGAUGCAGUAUGGCUUCAGGCCGGAGACCACUCUGCUGGGCUCCUCUUUCUGUCCUGAUGAGCGGAUCAACAACGAAGACGACGACCUGCCAACGGUGAUGCGGCAAUAUUACGGGGACAUUUUCCCCAUGGGCGGCAUCGGCGGUGCACCGUACGUCGGCGAGACAGGCUUCGCGGCCUUCUCCAGCCACGUCGCGGACAAUGGCGACAUCAUCGUCGUGUUCGGCCCUCAUGUCGGCGUCUCGGUGAAUGGAGAGGUGGGGAAGUACCUCCGCCAGGGCCAGAGUGGAAACUCGAGCGCCUGCGGCGCCGUCAUCGGAGCCUACAAGGCGUGCCUCUGCGGCGAAGGCGGCAACCCUGAGAUGGACGAGGCCGACAUGCAGAUGAGCGAGAUCAAGCGGGAGUUUGCCGCCCAUGCGGAGAGGCUGUCCAAGGCCGACGAUCCGAUGGCCGCGUGCGCCUACCAGGCUUUCGAGAUGGUCAAGGACCGCAUGCUGCGCAUCGUCAACACCAGGUUCGGGAGCGGCCGCCUGGUGCUCCUCGGCGGCAUACAGCUGAACCUGCCACACCCAGAGUUUGACGACCAUUUCCUCCCGCUCAUGUUCGAAGUUCGCCAGGAGGGGGAGGCCACCAUCGACCUCCUGGAUACGUUUUCGAACAUUUCGAUCCAACAGGACUUGAGGCGGUCGCCGUGGGCUUCGGUCGGGGCACAGCGCGAGGUGUUCGCAUGGAUGUCAUGGAGCCCGCCCGCGCAAUCGCCCGUGUACCAGUCGCUGCACAAGUUCUUCCCAGGCGCCCUUCCAGGCGAGGCGGUUCACCGCCGGUCCCUGCAGGUUCUGCAAAAGUACGGGUUCACCAGCGAGAACACCCUUCUGGGCACUUCGUUCUGUCCUGACGAAAUAAACAAUCAGUCUGACUGCAUGGCCGUAUACUUGCAGGACUACUGGGGCGAGGUGUUCCCCAUGGGCGGCAUCAGCGGCACACCGUUCACGGGCAAGACUGGCUUCGGGGCGUUCUCCAGCCACGUCGCCGACGAGGGCAACAUCCUGGUCGCCUUCGGGCCCCACGUCGGCAUCUCCGAGGAUGGCGAGGUGGGCAAGAUCCCGCGCAAGGGCCAGGCGAAGAUCUCCUCGGCGUGCGGGGCAGUGAUUGGCGCCUACAGCGCGUGCCGGAGCGGCUGGACUGAGGACAGCCAGAACGAGGACAGUUACGACAUGCAGAUGGACUUCUGCAAGCGUCAGAUCGCACCCCACUCCGAGGCCAUCGCGAGGACCGAGAAUCCGAUGGCCGCGCUGGCCCACCAGUCCUACUAUAUGGUCAAGGACAGCAUGAUGAAGUCCGUCAACACCAAGUUCGGGAACGGCUACCUGUGCCUGCUCGGCGGCAUCCAGAUCAAUUUGCCCCCCGGCAUCCCAGAUCACUUCUACCCGGUGACCUUCGAGCUGCGCAAAGAGGGCGAGCCGACCAUCGAUCUGAUCAGGGAGAUGCGCGAGUUCAGUUGAGAGGUGAGGACUGCAGAGUGGCUGGCGGCGGGCUCGGCAAUGGGGCCAAGUGCACCAUCGCAGCCGAGCCUGCUGCCCGCAGCGCAGCUCACAGUGAGUUUUGACAGAGCUCAUUUGAGUUAAGAGUGGCUGCGAGCAAGGCCCGAGUGACGCAAAGAGCCGGGCGUUCGUCGAACGACAGGGGCCAAUGCCUGAGCUUCGCUUGACGCGCGCCCAUCUAGCGACGAGGGCCUGCCUCUACGGCGCAGCGCCGAGCUCCUUCUUUUGUGAAGACAUCACAUCAGUGCGCCGGUACCCUGUGGCGCCUGCAAACAGGAAUUGUUUUUAGCCAGGUGAUAUUUUCAAGGUAUGAUAUUUUCAAGGUGUCUCCCCGCUCGCGCCCUGCGCGGCGUUGUGGUGCUGGUACCCGCUGGAAACGUGCAUAGAGGCGGGGCGGCCGUUUUUGGCCUUUCUCUCUUUCUCUGGUGCGAUAUUGCGCCCUCCGGCCCCCCGCGGAGCGUUGCUGCGCAGGCACGCGUCGUGGAUAAAAAC